UCGAAACAAUGAAUCGGUUCAAUUGACUCGAGGUUUUGGAAAGUGACUCUGUAACUCCACGCCAGUCCUGCAGGGGUCUCUGAUGUCGCAGUUCUCGGUUUUAGGCACGAACCGAAGAAGAUUUUUGUCAACAUUGGGGGAAUGUUCGUGGGACGUGUGGGUGGUCAGCAUUAGUUUAGUUUUUGUGUGUUUUUCCGGUCGAGAUGGUUUUGUCCUCCUCGCAGCAGCUCGUCAUGGCGUUCACCGCGGUGCUGCUGGUGUUCGUGCUGUUCCCGAGGCUGUUCGGCGGCGGCAGCAGAGACAAUCAACCGUACGAGCCGCGGAGCAACCGGAGAGCAGGUCCCGGUCCGGGUAUCGGUGCAGGAGCUGUGAGGAAUCAGCAGCAGCUCCAGAAGGGCGCAGCACCUCAGAUGAGCCACAGUGUGGAAAACAUGCAGCAGAUGAAGAAACUGAUGGAGCAGGAGCUCAAGAGCGACAAAUACAAAUCCAACAACAACAAGGGCUACGUCUUCACACUCAUGCCCAUCUACGCCAUCGGGGUCGGCCUCUUUGCUGCUUACAAGUUUCUCAAGAUAAAGUCUGCAAGCGACUCUGAAGCUCAAAAAGCCAAAACAGCUCGAGGAGUGAAGAAAUCCGAGGAAACAGAGAAUCAGCUGAAUGAGUUGGAGCAAAGGUUGGCUCAGACGGAGAAGAUGCUCAACUCUAUACUGACACAACUGGACCCGCUUACAAACUGUGUGAAAUCUGUUGCCAUGGAGCAGAAGAACGAGAUCAUGUCGCAGCUGCAGUGCAUUCGCCAGCUAAUGAAGAAGAGGGGCAUGGAGUGUCCAAACAUCAGGAUAGAAGAGCCGAGCUGUGAACGCAAUCUAGACCAGCUCAUCCAGAAUCUAUCUGCAGCAGAAACGCAGCCAGAAACCAGCCAGGAAACACAGACCAGUGCAGAAACACAGAAGACAGAAGAGGAAGUGGAAGAGGACGUAGAAGAGGAAGUGGACACACAGCAGGAAGAGGAAAUGGACAGUGAUUCUAGUCUGCCUUCCCUUGAGGACAGUGUAGACGAUGUCUCUGACACUCAGAAACUUCCAGAAGAGCUGGCUGAAGGAUUACGGAGACGCCACAGACCAGAGUAGGAGAAUCAGACGAAGACGGAUAUUUAUAUAUUUAUUUAUUUAAUUCCUUGUUAUGAAGUGCUCAGUGUCUUCGUCCUCAUUGUGUGUGUUUAAUGUUAACAUUAUUUCGAAUUUCUUAACCCUUUAUUUGAAAUGCUUAUUAGAAAAGCCAUGGAUUAUUGGGGGUUAUUGCAUAAAACCAUAUAUUAUAUUGUAAACAAUGUCAGAGAAGUUUCCAUAAAUGGUUCUAAAUAGUUAA